ACGCUUCAUCUAUCCCUCCCUGGGCGCCUGGCUCGCCUCCCUGAUGUUCCGCAUUGUACCGAGACCGGAACCAGGGAGAUUGCCGGGAGCCACUCUUCGACCUGCCUCAAAACGUCGACAAAGUGUACCUCUUGCCCAUCAUCGACGGCCGUUUCA